AUGGCAAGAACCAAACAGACAGCUAGAAAGUCGACCGGUGGUAAGGCACCAAGAAAGCAGCUGGCCUCAAAGGCCGCUAGAAAGUCGGCACCAUCGACCGGUGGUGUCAAGAAGCCACACAGAUACAAGCCAGGUACCGUUGCUCUAAGAGAGAUUAGAAGAUUCCAGAAAUCGACAGAACUUUUGAUCAGGAAGCUGCCCUUCCAGAGACUGGUCAGGGAGAUUGCACAGGACUUCAAGACCGAUCUGCGGUUCCAGUCGUCAGCUAUCGGGGCUCUGCAGGAGUCCGUGGAGGCUUACUUGGUGUCGCUGUUCGAAGACACCAAUCUGGCUGCGAUCCACGCCAAGCGUGUGACGAUCCAGAAGAAGGACAUCAAGCUUGCCCGCAGACUGAGAGGCGAGCGUUCUUAG